CGUUGAGUUACUCCAGCACAUUGUGUGUAUCUUUGGUAUAAACCAGCAUCUGUAGUUCUUUGAACUAACUACCUUUAAUCAGACUUUAUUGGACUUUGACAACAAAAGUCGACGACCCAGAAACUGUGCGAAAAAAAAUCUUCAGACAUUCUCAGUGCCUAUGGAGUUAUGACACUAUUUAUUCUACAUGGCCACUGAGAAUGUAUGAAGAAUGUUUGCACAGUUUUUGACGUUUUUUUAAAAAUCCUGUUACGUUUAUUUCUGAAGUAAACAGCAGAGGGGACGAGCUGGUACUGGGGAGGGUUCAAGGCACCAGGCCUCUGAACUGGAGCGGGACGAUCUGCUCAGCUUCACCAGGAGCUGACACAAGCCUCGGCUUCGGGCUGACACACGCCCGGUAGUGAGGUCGGCGGCGCGGCGGGGAUGCCGAUCGCGGCGCUGGUGACCGGAGCGAGUCGCGGCCUGGGCCUGGAGCUGAUCCGCCAGCUGGGCCGCGGUGAGCGGCCGCCCCGUUACCUGUUCGCUGCCUGCAGAGAGCCCGAGGGAACCGGAGCGACGGAACUUAAGAACUUUGCAAAAUGUUUCUCAAAUGUGAAAAUAGUUAAGAUGGAUGUGGAUGACCUUAACAGCAUUCAAGAGACUGCCGAACAGAUUCAGGAGGUCUUGAAAGAUAAUGGUCUAAAUCUGUUGAUAAAUAAUGCUGGGAUCAACUUUGGUGGAGAUCUGAAUGGAAUUACUCCCGAAAUAAUGAUGAAGACUUACACGACCAAUGUCAUUGCACCAGUGAUGGUUACCAAGGCUUUGUUGCCAAGUUUGAUGCAAGCAGCUCAGCUGAGUGGUGAACAUGGCUUCAGCAGUGAGAAAGCAGCAGUUAUCAACAUGUCCUCUAUCAUGGCCUCCAUGGAGAUGUUCAACAUUCAAAAUGGGAAAGCGUAUUCCUACAGAGUCAGCAAGGCUGCACUGAACAUGGUCACUAAAUGCUUAGCCAGUGAGCUGAAACCCCAUGGAAUCCUUUGUGCAUCAGUGCACCCAGGCUGGGUCAAAACAGACAUGGGUGGAGAAAAGGCAUCAUUAUUCAAAGAAGAAAGUGUGCAGGGGAUUCUCAAGGUACUUGCAAGGCUUUCAGAACAAGACAAUGGAUUGUUUUUAGACUGGAGAGGUCAACGUUUACCUUGGUGAAGAUGAACAUGUGUGAAUUAUUAUGAAAUAGAAAUGAAAGCUAUGACUUAUGCAGCAAACCUGUUUAUGAAAUAUUAAAAAUUGUUAUGAAAUUA